UUUUGGGAUGAGCUUUAGAGUUUAAUUAAACACAAGAUUGAGGCAACUGUUAUCACCAAUACUUUACUGAAUUGACAAAUUACUAUCAUAAAGAAGAUAUAUGUAUGUAAAAAUGCACAAUGAUGAUCUAAAUGAGAAAGAUUUAGAGUAAACUGAAGAGUAUUAUGAACUCAGUGUAACUCCCUGCAUACUUGAGAUUCCUAUGUGUACAAUAAUCGAACUACACUUUUGACCCGCCCCACGUAUACCUCAGUCGUAAAGAUACUGGAUUGAAGAUGUCGGGAAAAGGUGAGAAUUUUGAAGAUCAGGCAUUUGUGACCCUCGUCACCAAUGACAGAUAUGCAUAUGGAGCCCUCGUUGUUGGGCAGUCGCUGCGAGAUGUGGGAACCACACGACAGCUUGCUAUUCUGAUUACACCACAAGUAACACAGCCAAUGAGGAGGCAGCUCUCCAUGCUCUAUGACUACAUACAGGAGGUGAAUCCUCUAGACAGCCAGGACGACGCCCACCUUGCUCUUUUAACCAGACCUGAUCUAGGAAUCACAUUCACAAAGCUCUACAGCUGGCGGCUCACCCAGUACUCUAAGUGUGUUUUCCUGGAUGCAGAUACCUUGGUUCUUCAAAAUGUAGAUGACCUCUUUGAUAGGGAAGAACUUUCGGCAGCUCCGGAUGUUGGUUGGCCCGAUUGUUUCAACUCUGGCGUAUUUGUUUUCAAACCAUCAAAUGAGACGUAUAGAGGCUUGUUGCAAUGUGCAGUUACUCAGGGAAGCUUUGAUGGUGGAGAUCAGGGCUUAUUAAACACAUUCUUCAGCGACUGGGCAACGGCCGAUAUCAACAAACACUUGCCCUUUAUCUAUAACAUGACAUCUGCAAUCAGCUACUCCUACCUUCCAGCAUUUGUAAGAUUUGGCAACGAAGUCCGCAUCGUACAUUUCAUCGGUCGCACAAAGCCAUGGAUGUAUAGGUACAACACACAAACGGGUACCAUCUCACGACCCUCGGACGUCGACGUCACCCACGACUCCAUCUACGUCAAAAUGUGGUGGGACGUGUUCAUGUCAAAGGUCAAACCCAGAAUUGAACAAGAACAGCAUGUAAAUUUUCCAGAUGGUAAAAGUGGCACAGACCUAGCAAACGCAUUGGGAGACCUCGUGCUUGAGGAAAACCAGGGGGCAGCUGGCCAACCGAGAGGGCCCCCAUCCCCCAGGUCGGACCAGCACGCCUGGGAGAGAGGACAGAUCGACUACAGGGGGUCGGACAGCUUCGACAACAUCAUGGGUCGCAUCACUGAAGUCAUGAGUGACCCGGCCAUAGCGGCUGCUGCAGUGGAUAGCAACAGCAUCACGCCUGUCAACGUUGAUGCCACCGCAGCUGCAGAGAACAAUGCAACAAAAAGCUAGAUUGAUCCUCCAAUCGAGCCUUUAAAUGUCAAAAUUGGUAUUGUUAAAGCUGAAAGAAAUGUAUACCGGGUAGUCGGUGCAAGGAUUAGUCACUGUUUUUUUUUUUAGUCACUCAUUGUUACAUUGACUUGUUUCUGUUUGCAAUUAUGAUUACUGCUGAAUAGUCACUAAUUGCAAUACUGACAAUGAUUGACUAUUAUCUAAUUGCAACAGUGACUAAAGACUAACGAGUGACUACAGGUAGUCAGAUUGCAACAAUGACUAAUGACUAAUUAGUGAUUUUAGUAUGUUUUUUAUUGCAAUGAUGGUAAUAACAGACAAAUGACUGAUCAAUGACUACCGGUAGUCACUGAUUGCAAAAAAUGACUUAUGACUAAUUGAUGACUAGUCAUUGAUUGCAACAUUGACUAAUAAUUGAUCCUUUGUCUUUGAUUGCAAUGUUGAUAAUAACAGACAAAUCACUAAUCAAUGACUACCGGUAGUCACUGAUUGCAAAAAUGACUUCUAACUAAUUGAUGACUAGUCAUUGAUUGCAACAUUGACUAAUGAUUGAUUCUUUGUCUUUGAUUGCAAUGAUGGUAAUAACAGACAAAUCACUAAUCAAUGACUACCGGUAGUCACUGAUUGCAAAAAUGACUUAUGACUAAUUGAUGACUAGUCAUUGAUUGCAACAUUGACUAAUGAUUGAUUCUUUGUUUUUGAUUGCAAUGACGGUAAUAACAUACAAAUCACUAAUCAAUGACUACCGGUAGUCACUGAUUGCAAAAAAAAUGUCUUAUGACUAAUUGAUGACUAGUCAUUGAUUGCAACAUUAACUAAUGAUUAGUUCUUUGUCUUUGAUUGCAAUGGUCACUUAUGAGGUGAUAUUUAUGUCAUUCAAUCAAUUUCUUGAUCUUUAUUUCUAGUUACUGAAUCAAGGUAAACAGUUAAGUUUGAGCUCAACUGUUGACCCAUUGCCUCCAGAAACCGGGUGGUUUGUGUAUUAAGCCUAUGGCAAUGAGAGAAAUUCAGGAGUCAACAGGUAUACGUUUGUGUGUGAACAGAGAUUGCCGACUAAGGCGAUAAAAAGUUAUAAAUCAAGCUCCAGACCUAAUUAUUAUGAUAUCUGCUUAGAGCCAGAAGGUCAUUAACCCCUCAUCACUUGAUUCAGAUUUAAAGCCCUUCUGCUUCUGAGUAAUUUGUAAUGAAAAUGAAAGUGAAAUUGUGAUGAUAAUAUAGUUGAUAUUAAACCAUCGGGUGCUGUUAUGGUGAUGGAUACUUAAUAUGCGGCUUGCAUUGAAUGUCAAAUUAAUUAACAAAAUGUUAUCAAAAUUUGUAUAUGGUAAGACUGAAGAUCUAACCAAAUUUUUAUAUAUUAGAUUAGUAAUACAUUGUGAACAUACAAGUAAAAAGUGUUACUACAUGUAACUCAAUACUGCAUCCCCCCCCCCUGCAAUUUAGCGACAACUCUGAAAACGCACAAAUGGGUGAAACUAGAAAAAUAAUUGUCAAAAGAAUUAUAGUGAUAUUACGUUCUUAAAUGCGCUACAACUGAUGAAAAAGCCAUGCAAUUGCAAGUAAAAAUAUCAUACAAUUAAUUGUUAUCACUUUUUACUUACAACUUUGAUGACAUAUUCUCUCAAAAUGAAGAUUUGCAGACCCUUGUCGGUACAUGUAAGUUCACAUUUUUCUCAAAACGACCCAAAAGACUGAAAUAUUGCAGAUCUUUUAUCAAUAUUCUCAUAAUUUCACACCUAACUCCAACUAAAAUGUUGUCACUAAGUAAUUUUAUGUUCCUUUUUUCAUUGGUGAUAUCAGAUUGUCAAAAUCUCACUUAUUUUUUUAGAGGUACAGAAUUGUCUGUGAAUUAUGGUCAAGCGCGAAUUAUGUUUGAGGGGAACUACAUCCUAAUGUCAACAAUACAUAUGCAUGAAAUUUAAUUUUAAGUUGAAUAUGCAACUUGUUUUCUUCCAACCACAAUCUGAAGUUCAGGUACAUGAAAUGAGGCUAAAUGUGUACAAAUGAAUGCAUUUUAAGAGAUGAAAUUCUCAACUUGUAUGUAAGUGGGCAUGGUAUUGUUACUGCGUAAGAAAUUUAAUUACAAAUAUUUCUAUGUUGAACUGUUUGCACUGAAACAAGUGUGACGAGGGGAGAGCGGUUGAAAGACGUAUAGUGACUUAAAAGAAAAUAAAUCUACUCGGCCUUGUGCUACAGAGAGGGAGUGUAUUUGAUGCAGUAAAUGAAAUCAAAAAGUUUCAUUUAUAUUUAUUAUAAAAGACUGAAUAUACUAUCAUAUUUUGUGAAUUAACCGUAACGAAGAAUUUUUUGUACUUUUGUCAAGUAAAAAUUUGAGGUUAUAAAAUCAUGAUUAUAUAGUUUGGUUUAAUGCAAAAUUGUAAGCAUAUACAAAAAUAAAGAGUAGUUUGCUGUCAGCCAGCCAGUUGACCAAAGGAACACUAGCUAAAUUAAAAGAAUUGCAAAUGCUUGUCAGUUGAAAGUGAAAAUCACCAGCUCUAGAAUUAAAAGAAUGCUUGCGCUUAAAUUUUUUUUCCUCUCGCUAUUCUAGAGGAUCACAGAUUAUUCUGGCUCAUAUUGGUAGAGAAAUCAUUUGAAAAACUUUGAGGAAAUCUUCUGACGUUCUUUUUCCCCUCUAGAUUGCUGAUUUUGACCAACAAUUUUCCACCUUUCUCCAUGAAUGUGAUGCCUGUUUUUGCGAUAAAUGUUGGACAAUCGUGUUUCAGAAGAAAUUAGAAACAAAGUACAUGGACAUGUUUGUGUGGAGAAUGGUAAUACUGGAGGCCUAAAUUGUACAUGUAUGAUAAACUUUUGUCUGGAUUUGAUUUUCUGUUAAUAUGUUUUGUAGAGUUGUACUGUGUGUACACAUCUUUCUUCAUUGCAUACAGUAUAUAGGUAACCCUUCUGGUUCCUUCGGACUUCAAGCACUUGAAUAUUGCUUAUUGAAAUUGCAGACAGCAAGAAAUGUUAAACAAUAUUUGGUCUUGAAAGAUAUUUAGCAGUAAAUCACAAAGCUUCUUGGUAAAAAAUUACAAAUUUAAAACAUUAUGGAAUCCCACUUGAAGACCAUCUGUAGUCCCACCUACAUGAAUUCAUGCUUCCGACAUUUUCUUUUCUUUUAGAAGUAUAUGUACAGUAUUUCGUGACUAUUUCCAAAAAGAAGAUGAUUUAACAUAGUCACUGAUCAAAUAUCUUGCCUAAUCAUGUGCAGCUCAAAAAAAAGUGUGGACCAUACAAGCGCAAUGAACAUGGAUUUGUUUCAAACUGGAAUACAGAAACCAGAUGGCACAUGCAUUAACCCUCAGUCUACUGAAUCGUCUCUUUCUCAUAUGCUUAGUAUAGGAAUCACACUGUACUUGUAGGCCAUUGGUUAAGCCUAUGUGAUAAAAAAAAAUCAAGGUCAUAAUCUGUCUUGCUAAGAACAGAGUUUCAUGCAUAGCCCACUUAUACUACACCCAAAGUGAGUUUAAAGAAAGUAAGAAUUAAAAAAAAUAAUAGUGAUACAGAGUAUUUAUAAUGCGCCAACUCCACAUGACUUAUAUGCUCAAGGUGCAAACAAAAUUAAAAAUGAGCACAUGAAUAUAUACAAAAUGAGACAAAUUGCAAAGCAAAAUAAAGGAUGUACUUUAUCGAUUGAAAACUGAACUGCAAACUUCCAAGACUCAUAAAUCCCCAAAGUGUAUCAUUCUGUUAUCGAAAUACUGACUUGGUAGAAGUGUUGGGUCAGAUCUCUGAGGAAGAAACUAUACCUACAUCUCCUCUCUGCGUAUGUUUUGAAAGGCAAUACAGUUUAGUUUGUUUUGUUUUUACUUGUUAAUUAACAUGUGCUUAUAGAAUAGGACUAAAUUUUCAGUUACCAAAGAUUAUGUUUAGUAUUGUAACUUGCAAAAUAAACUUAUAUUAUGUAUUUCAACCUGCAAUUUUUUUUUCUCGGAAGAGUUGUGAAGGGUUUAGAUAGGGAAGUUUUUAUUUAAAAAAAUCUUUUGCUCUGUGUGCAUAUGGUUUUCAUUUACAGCACUGUUUUGUAUAGUAUUAAGAUUAGAAAGAGAAUUUGUUGUAAACUUGUGAAGAUGCUAUUAAUGCCAUAUUUAAAAGAAAAGGUUUUGUAAUAUCAGUAAUAAGAAUACUUCCAACACAACUAACAUUGAUUCAGUAUGCAGCUACAAUGUACUAGGUCUUGUAAUUAGUUAAAUGAAUUGUUUUACCAAUUACCAAUUUCCCUCUAUCAUAUGUUAAUCAAAACUGUUGCAGCUUAGGAAAAUGAUGAUUAAUCUUUUCAUACUUCUAGCCGAUUGGUAU